GUUUCCACGACCACCAUGCAUGCGAGUCCCACUCCUCGCGGCACCCCCGCCCGUCGAGGUCGCUCGCCCCGCGCCAGCACCAACAGCCCCGGCGCAUCCGCCAUGCCCGUCGAUAUUCCCAACAGGCCCUCUACAACCUUUACCUCCUGCCUCUCUAUCGCAGUCGAGGGCACCACCCCGAUCGAGCGCCCCGACGCCGCCGCACCCUCCGCUUCCACAGGUGAGGCCUCCCAGAGCUAUCCGUCGGAAAGCAAGCGUGCCCCGCGCAAAUCCAAGACAGACGCCAUCGCCGCCCUCCACAACCAUGCCCAGUCCAAUUCUGACGACGCGCCCGACUCUGUCACCGAGGAAGGUGCGGUUCGUAUUAAUCUCAGGGACGGACCCCCCAUCCGCGUGACGCCCUUUCUCGACUUGACCACUGUCAAGACGCCGGACCGCAGCCUCAAUAUCCCCAAUGCCACCGAUCGCCCGUUUGGCCUCACUGAUUGCCCGGUAUUCCAUCCUACUCCCGAACAGUGGAAAGACCCACUGGGCUACAUCAGGUCCAUUUCGGACAAUGCGAAGAAGUAUGGGAUGUGUAAGAUUGUGCCACCCGCAGGAUGGGACAUGCCGUUUGUGACUGACACCGAGCGCUUCCGCUUCAAGACGCGCCUGCAGUGCCUCAAUUCAAUCGAGGCCUCGUCCCGUGCAAAAGUCAAUUUCCUCGAGCAGCUGUACAGGUAUCACAAACAGCAGGGCAACUCGCGUGUUACCGUGCCCACCAUCAAUCACAAGCCCCUCGAUCUCUGGUCGCUGCGGAAGGAGGUCCAGAAGUUGGGUGGCUAUGAUGCGGUCACCCGCAACAAGAAGUGGGCAGACCUUGGUCGCCUACUGGGCUACACUGGCAUCCCCGGCCUAUCGACCCAAAUGAAGAACUCAUAUGCCCGUGUCAUCCUGCCGUACGAACUUUAUCGUGAGCGGGUGCGAAAUUCGCCUACCCUCUCGCCGAAGAAACAAGGGGAUCCGCAGCUCAAGACGCACGCUCCGGGGAAGGCAGUGAAGCCGACAACAGGAGAGGAUGACGUGAGCGAGCCGUCCAGCCCGUUGACGGCGACCAGUAGCCCUCUGUCAGAGCCGCCAGAAGAGGCGUCGGGACGGCCUCGCCGGAAUACCAGGCAGUCAUCCCUGGAACACCCAGGCCCUCGUCGAGCGACAGCCGCAAAUGACGACAACCUGCCAUUCGCACGAUCCGCAGCCAGCCAGGCCGACAAGGACGGCAACCCAGAGCUACAUUGUGAGGUAUGCCUGAAGAAAGACCGCGGCGAGGAAAUGUUGUUGUGUGACGGAUGCGAUUGCGGCUUCCAUAUGUUCUGCCUCGAUCCGCCGCUGAACACGAUACCUAAAGGCCAGUGGUUCUGCCAUACGUGUCUCAUGGGCACCGGUGGCGACUUUGGCUUCGAUGAGGGCGAGGAGCACAGUCUAGCCAGCUUUCAGGCGCGUGACCGUGAGUUCCGCCGGUUGUGGUUCAAGUCGCACCGGCCUGCAUCGCAGUUGGAAAGCGACGGGGACGUGAAGAUGACGAAGAAGCCCGACCCCAACGACCCGACAGUAAAUGUUCUCGAUGACGUCGUUGUGACCGAGACGGAUGUCGAGAACGAGUUCUGGCGCCUCGUGCAGAGCCAACAGGAGACCGUCGAGGUCGAGUACGGCGCGGACGUGCACUCGACGACGCACGGGAGUGGGAUGCCGACGCUAGAGACUCAUCCACUGGACCCGUACUCUAAGGAUCCGUGGAACUUGAACAAUAUCCCGAUUCUCUCUGACAGCUUGCUCAGAUACAUCAAGAGCGACAUCUCGGGUAUGACUGUGCCUUGGACAUACGUGGGCAUGGUUUUCUCAACAUUCUGCUGGCACAACGAGGACCACUACACCUACAGCAUCAACUACAUGCAUUGGGGCGAGACAAAGACCUGGUACAGUAUCCCCGGCGACGAUGCGGAGAAAUUCGAGGCGGCCAUCAGAAGAGAAGCUCCGGAUCUUUUCGAGGUCCAGCCCGAUCUGCUGUUCCAGCUCGUCACCCUGAUGAACCCCAGCCGACUCAAGGAGACCGGCGUCGAUGUGUACUCAUGCAACCAGCGCGCCGGCGAGUUCGUGAUUACGUUCCCGAAGGCGUACCACGCGGGGUUCAAUCAUGGGUUCAACUUCAAUGAAGCUGUCAACUUCGCACUCUCCGACUGGCUGCCAUUCGGCCUCGAUUGUGUGAAGCGGUACCAGGAGCACCGGAAGCUCGCGGUGUUCUCGCACGACGAGCUUCUGAUUACGAUAACGCAGCAGAACCACUCCAUUCAGACCGCCCUCUGGCUCAAUGACAGCCUCCAGGAGAUGAUGGUGCGUGAGAUGCGCAUUCGGGACAAGGCCCGAUCACUGCAGAUGGGCGAGGUUCUCGAAGGCAUGGACCGGGCCGAGGACCAGUGCCAGUGCACCAAGUGCAAGGUCUUCUGCUACCUCUCGCAGAUCACGUGUACGUGCACGACCAAGGUCGUAUGCAUAGACCACAUCGACGACCUCUGCAAGUGCGACCCGAAGAGCAGGAUCCUCAGGAAACGGUUUGAGGACGCGGAGUUGCAGGAAAUCCAGGUGAAGGUGUCGGAGCGCGCGGCGGUCCCUGGUGCAUGGAGAGCGAAGCUGAACAAGAUCCUCACCGAGACGGCGAGACCAUCUCUGCGCAGUCUGCGUGCAGUCCUUGCUGAGGGUGAUCGCAUCAACUUCCAUCUCCCGGAGCUGCACUCGCUGCGCAAGUGCGUCGCGCGGGCAAACGAGUGGGUUGAUGCGGCGAACGCCUUCCUCGUCCGCAAGCCCAGUCGCAAGCGGCCGCGCAAGAUCCGUGGGCCGCGCUCGUCGUCCGACAGCGCGAACGGCAUGAACAUAAUCGACGACGCUCCCGACAGGCCAGAACACAGCCUUGACGACCUGUACGCUGUUCUCAAGGAAGUCGAGAACCUCGGGUUUGACUGCCAGGAGAUCGGCUUCCUCAGGAACCUCGCCAAAGAAUCGGAAGAGACGAAGGCGAAGGCACGCGUCUUGCUGAACACCACUCCGUCUCCGCGCGAUCGGGACGCAUACAUCCAGGAGUGCGACCGGUUGCUACUGCACGGGUUGUCGCUAAACGUACUCGUCGAGGAGCUCCUGGAGGUCGAGAAGAUAGUCCUGCGCGAACAACUCCUGAAAGAUCUCGAUGAGGACCUCGACGAGUCCAACGGGGUGCUCUUGGAGCAUGUGCGGGGCUGGGUGGCGCGCGCUCGUCAGUGCGACCUGCCCCCUGAUAACCCGUUCAUGAAGCGGCUCGACAGGCUCCUUCGACUGGGCGACGAAUGGGAGAGGCGUGUGAAGGAUCUACUCACCAAACCACAGCGGACGAUCGAGCAACUCGAGGAGUUCGCGCACCCUGGUUCUGGCAUCCCGAUGAACCCUGAUCUGUUGGACCGCCUGCUUGACGCCCGUGCUCGCGCUAAGGAUUACGAGAAGCAGGCGAAGCUGUGGCUGAGUCCGGAGGCGAGCACGAUUAAACCGAAGGUCCAGGACGCUGUCAAGCUGGUGGCUAGGGCGGACAAGGACUUCAACAUUCCUGCUGUCUCGGACUUGAAGCGAACGGUCGACUUCGCCAUGGACCUCGAGACGCGCUGCGAUGCUGUACUGAAGCAUCGCUACCAGCAUACGGAUGAAGGUGAUAUCUUCCAGACGAUGCUGCAGUGGCGCAAGUACGCAAAGGAGCACUUAACGAUGUUCACCCUCCCGAACUUCGAGCGGCUCGACAAGCAGUUGUCCGCCCACUUCCGUUGGCUGGAGAGCCUGCCAUGGUUCUGUCGGCAGCACCAGGAGGUUCACGCACAUAACCUCAUGGAGGACGUGAUCGAGUCAACGCGGCCCGAGGACGACCUCCCUCCUAACGACGAGUACUUCACUUGUAUCUGUACGACUCCUGUGCGUCCUCCUGCCCAGGGCACCGUGUCGGAUGCUGUUCAGUGUGAUCACUGCUUCGCUCGAUUCCACGGCGUCUGCGCUGCCAACGGCGGUUCGUGUCCGUUCUGCGAUCACCACCACUGGAACGGCACCAUCCAUAAGGAGCGGAACUGGCACUUCUGCUAUCUGCCCACCAUCCUUCUUCACGCACCCGAAGUGACGAAGAACUACUCCGAGGAGUGGAAGCAGCUCGAGAUUGUCGUCCACCGUGUCGAUCGCCUGGCAGGUGUCAUCGGACAGUUCCUGUCGUUCGCCUCGCAGCCGGCCAAUCAGCGUGCAGAGUACAUUCCACAAGUGCGGCACUACAUGCGCAAGCUGUAUAAGAUUCAGUUCGCUGUCUCGCCUAACCCCGAGGUGUCGUUUGGUUUGGACCUCGCAGGUCUUCAUCGUAUCCUCGCAGGACAGCCGGUCCCUGUGCGAAUCAAGAAGCGAAGACGGCCGAAGUUUGUUUUCGGUCAGGACGUCGACCCCGAUUGGCGUGAUAACACGCGAUGCAUAUGCAGAGGGAGGACAAGCUAUCUGCUGAACUACCCUACCGUGCAGUGCGAGGUCUGUGAGAAGCUCUACCACGCUGGCUGCGUGUUCUUCCCAGUGGACAGCGCGAGUGGAGUGCGAAGGUUCAUGUGUCCGUUGUGCUGCAUUCGCAAGAAUCGGUCAUACCCCUUUUCGGAGGUGCGCGUGAAGUACGGAGAGAGUCCGGAUCCGGAUGUGUAUGUGAACACAAAGGAGAUGCUACAGAACUUCAGCAAGGAGAUGAUCUACAUGAAGCUGCCGCCGCCAUACACGCAGACGCUCUUCGUGGAGCUCAUCCGAUUCACACCUGGUGUACCGGAGAACUCGGGCGGCAGGCGAUCGCCUCCUGCAGGCCAGCCAGUGGAAGAGAUGCUCCCCCGAGGUCUGCCUCUCACCAACGGCAGUUCGUCUCAAGCACCACAUCCUCGAGCGCCGCACCCACCAGUGCCUCACGCACACCACCAUUCUCAUAGGUCGGCUCCUGUUCCUCCUCCAAAUCCCUAUGAGAACGGCAAACCGAUUGGUAUCGCUGAUCCCAGUAGCAGCAGGCAUGUUCCUCCACCACCACCGUGGUCUAAUCAGAUCUGGAGCAACGCUGGCGCGACUGCCCCGCCACCGGGAGCGCGAGUUCAUCAAGACGCCCGCUCGCCGCAUAUCACUAGUCCCCACGUUGGGCACACACCACCUCAGUCGGCGGCUCCUCGGAAGCGCAAGUAUCCAGACGACGUACCACCGCACACACCGGACGAACGUCUGGGUCCGGGCUUCUCGCCAGGACCGCCGAAGCGCAGACAAGCAUCUGACACGCCACAGCCUGCUGCCACUACGCCCCGUUCAAAUCAAGGUCUCUCCCCAUCUCUCGCGAUGAUGCUGUCGCCUGGACCCAACGAUAUCCGCACGCCGCCUCAAUCUCGAGCUGCUCCGCCGUCUUACUCAAGUCGACCUAUCGCACCGAACGCACUACCCGCAGGUGCUAGCAGUCGGAUGGUCGAUGACCGGCUGCCUCGCUCUCACCCUCAUGCAUCUCCCCAUGCCCAGCCUCACACAUCUCCACAUGUUCCUCACCAGAACGUUCGCAAGCUGGUCUACACGGAGGUUCACACUGACAGGGCUGGCGAGUUCGGUCAUGGCGGACACGGUUCGCCGCCAGACGACUACCGGUCCAUACCUCCUAUGCAUCCGCGGCGGUAAAGCCAUCCCCUGCUGUCUUUUGCUUUACAACUGUCUAUGCUCAACCUUGUGUACUUUUAGUCUCUCCAUCGCAGUCUUUCACUCUUCCUGUCGUCAUAUGCACUAAAUGUUAUGUAGGGUAUGCUCUUCCUGGGUUAGACGCAGUGAACGUUUCCUGGUUGCUCGCUGGCAGGUUCGAACGUAACUGUC